AUGUUGGCAGUUUUCUCCCAUUCUCCUCUGCAGUACACUUAUACUGUACAGUGUACACAGAGCAGUGACUGGAGAAUUUACAAAGUUGCGCUCCCUGAUGGCAGAAUCCAGAUUGUGACAUACCACGCAGAUCAUAUUGGAGGAUUUGUUGCUGAUGUCAAGUAUGAAGGUGUUCCUGUCUAUCCUGAACCUGCCCAUCAUGCUGCUCCCUACCAUGCUGCUCCCGCUCCAUACGCUCCCAGACCAAUUCAUCAUGCGCCCCAUCAUGCUGGCCCAGCUCACUUCGGAUAAUAUCUGACACAACUUCAAAAUGGCCGACAUUUAUACAUGUGUUUAUUAAUUUUUAAUAUGGCGGCCUACAUGAUGUUCGGUUCUACCUCGUGCAAUAAUUUGGUUUAAUUAAAAAGCGUGACAUGUAUUUGGCGCCUUAUUCAUAAAUUUGUCAACUAGGGCAUUAUUUAUAUAUUUUUUAUGGCAUAAUGUAUUUAUUUAGAAGCUCAAAUAAACAAUUAAA